UCUUGUAACAGCAAGCAGUAUGAAAGUCAACUCAUCUGAUCGUCUCUUCUAAUCAUCCCAAACCACUCUCUGCCCAUCAUCAAGAAAUCAAAAGACGUACAUUUCUAAGUUUUCUUCCCAAACACAACACAUCCACGACACACAAGCAAGCACAACACACAACCACAAGAUGUCUUGUCAACUACUCAAACUCGCACGUGCCCAGUCGCCCGAAAAGCUCAUCAAAAUGGCUUUCGAAACUCUUCCUGAGCGCACUUUACAAGCUGUCUUCGGCACAUUACACCCAAAACAACAUCUCAUCUUGAAGCAACAGCAUCGCCGCAAAGUAUCUAUGCACUGUCUAGCAGACACACUAUACUACCACCAGGGCGCCCAACUCUCUCGCCUCGGGCGCUGGAACGACAUGACGAUACUGCAAAUGCAGCAUGAACUCGCCAAAAGGGGCAAGCUCGAGGAGGGCGAAGCGACGACCCUAAGCGAGUGGAAAUUGAGACUGCGUCUAGUCUGCCUCGUGACAGCGGAGAAGGAGGCAUGGAGGAAGGCUGCAAGUGCAAGGCUCGAGAAGCGGACCGAGAACAAGAAAGCAUGGGCAGCUCAAUUAGCGGCAUAUGAUGAGAUCGACAAGGAUCUGUCAGAGGGCGCUUUGGUGGAAGCGGAGCAACAUGCGAUCUGCUGA